UCGUGUCGUAGCGGGCGACCACGGAGGUUGUACCGAAUGCGUGGACGUCUGCUGCCCAUUGUUUAUGUUGUGUUCGGACGUAUGGAUUCUUCUUUUCUGUGAGACUGGUGAACCGAAAAGUGUGUUGCCGCGAACGCUGAGCCCACUCGACCGGAGACAGCCCUGUGCAGGGAAUUCCGAGCGGGCUGAACGCUUCAUAACCCCAGCGCCAAACAACCGCCGGAGCCGAGCCGACACUUUGUUUGGUGCUUGGUUACCUCGGCCUCGGCGUCAGUUGGAGCUCCGCGCUGUAACGGUCGUGUUGUGGCAGUGGUGGACAUGUAAAUUUUCUUUGCCGGACCGAUUUCUGCAGAUCUGGAAUAAGUGUUCAUCCCUGUGACAAAGUUGAAGUCUUGUAAAACAUUUUUUCCAAGAUGGCUAAAUUCAGUUUUGGUGCUGGUAUUUCAUUGAAUACCAACCACGACGGUCUGCUGAGUGUUUCCGAAGAGUUCCUGUCUUCACUCAUCAAGAACGAGCCUAUCUCCAACUACUACCAUGUCGAGCAAACACCGUUCGCGAGGGGGAAGUUCGCCGCAGUACGAAAGUGCACCCACCGCCUGACCAACGUGGACUACGCCGCCAAGUUCAUCCGCAAGCGGCGGCGCUCCAUGGACCAGCGCCAGGAGAUCCUCCACGAGGUGGCGGUGCUUCGCCUGGCCGAGCGCGCCCAGUCCGCGCAGUCCGCGCGCAUCGUGCGCCUGCACGAGGUGUACGAGACGCCGCAGGAGAUCGCCAUCGUCCUCGAGCUGGCCGCUGGCGGCGAGCUCCAGCGCGUCGUGGAUCUCCAAGACGGACUGCCGGAGGUGGAGGCGGUGCAGGUGAUGCGCCAGAUCCUGGAAGGCCUCAUAUUUCUGCACGACCACAACAUUGCACACCUGGACUUAAAGCCACAAAACAUGCUUCUCACCGGCAAUUACCCAGACUGUGACAUCAAACUGUGCGACUUUGGUAUAUCCAGAGUAAUCCGCAGUGGCAUCGAAGUGAGAGAAAUUCUUGGAACACCAGAUUAUGUUGCUCCAGAAGUCCUUAGCUACGAACCUAUCAGCCUAGCCACAGAUAUUUGGUCUGUUGGUGUAUUAGCCUAUGUGCUCCUAAGUGGUUAUUCUCCUUUUGCCGGUGAUACAAAACAGGAAACUUUCUGCAAUAUUUCCCAGUGCACAUUAAAUUUCCCUGACGAACUGUUUGAAGGAGUAUCUGAGGCUGCCAGAGACUUUAUCCGUACUACACUGCAAACAGAUCCAGGGUGUCGUUUAUCAGCUCGACAGUGCCUAGAACACCCCUGGCUUAGCUUCAAAACACCUUUUCUCAUCGAUUCCCUCACAUCGACUGUCCUGAACAGUUGUAUCGAGUCGGGUGUAUUCAGCAAAGAUGUCAGUGAAGAGCGAGAGCAAGGGGAAAGUCAGGUUGACAACUCGGUGUCAAGUAUGGAAACAAGCAGCAGUAGUUGCAGUGUGAGCCCCAGCCCCAGCCCAUCACCCAUUAGCAGCUUAUCAUAUUCAAGCUCCACGUACAGCCGGUCACACUCGACGUCCACGCCCGCCAAGAACGGAGUGUCCUGCGGCCGGCGGUCGUCGCACCCCCUCAUCAACGCGUGCGCCUGCCCCUGCCCGUGCCCGCCAGCGGCCGCCUCCAACGGCACCACCGUGGCCGUCUCGGUGGCCUCGGUGGCCUCGCCCGUGUCCGUGCCGGGCAGGCACCCGCACCCGGCGCACCCCCACCAGCACCAGCUGGCCACCAUCCUGACCAGCUCCCCCGUCGAGAUCACGGUGGACAGAGGCAUCAUCUGCUAGCAUUUGGCCACGCUGGGGUUCUGCCUGUUCUCCCGGCUCUUCGGAUCAAGCAACAACACCAACGCCUCGUCUUCCAAUCGGCAGCCAAAGCGGGUGCAACAGUGAAGGCCCAAGGCCCAAGGGGCCCGCCGGCCCGCCUGAUCACCUGACUACCCACUCCCCUAAUGUUUGUUCUUCUGUUGUGAGUGUGUUUGUCUGUUUUGUGUAUGUUUGUGUUCGUGACUUGGAAAGCCUGUAAAAUAAUAAGACAUAGUGUGAUACUCUGAUUGUUAGGGCCUUACAAGGCUUUAGGAUUGUAAGUAUAAUUUAAUGCCUCAGCAGUUUCCUUGUAAGAUUUUGAAAAGUGAUAAGUGUUAUGAUUGCGGUUAGUAGGAUCACAUCCACUCUUUCAUGUCCUGUGAAAGAUUUAUUUAGUGUGAUUCAUAGCUUUUUUUCAUAAUCAACAUUGUGUGAAUGGGAAUUUUAUGGUUGUUAUAAGGUAAUUUUAAAAUAUUUAUUGAAAACAGAUCAAGUUCUAUUGGUUACAUCUUCAUUUGAGGUUGAGCAUCUGUUGUAUGAAAUUCAAUGUGAUACUCUUUGCCUGUCAGCCAUAUGUACACUAGAUGACUGCUGUUGCUUUCCUAUUUGGACCAAAAGGCCCCAUAUCUAUCACUGCCAUGUUGUGAAACAAUUUUUGACAUUUAUUUCGACAAGACAAUAUUCUUUGUACCUUGAUUGACCAAAUUUCCUUUGAAUGAUGUUCUCUUUUCAAUGGAUUUAUUUAAACUGAAACUGACCAAUUAGCUUCAACAGCUGUUUAUGAUGAAAGAAAGAUUUUGUGGUUUCAAAAUCUGGUUUUAAAUUUCUCUGCCUCAUUAUUCAAUUUCAUUCCUUUGUCAAUUUUAAUGCAGGGUGCUUGAACCUAAACUUUGCUUUUGUAGAAGACUUUUUUAUAACUUGACUUUUUGAAAAGUGCUGGACGCCUCGUAAUUUCAUGCUCAACAUCUGGCUUCUAUUUCAUUUUGGUCGUAUUGAAUUUGUGAUUGUGGAUUCAAUGAGUAGAGUUGUAUAUAAAUUUAUUUGUGAUAUGAUGCUGGUUCUUUCUUAUAUGUUGGUUUAAUUUUAUGUUUCCUUUUUAUUGUUUCUGUUGUUUACUUCAUUCUUGUGCUCUUUUGCUCACUGUUGUUAUUAAUUUAUCUAUGAUGGCCUCUGGAAGUGCACUGCUGGAAAAGUGCACUUUUCUCUAUUGUCAAUUUUAUUCCCUUCGAUUGUAUCAACUUCUCUAUUUCCCUUUUCGAAAACAGAUGUUUGUGAGUGAAUUCAAAAUUAUGCUACAAACCACUUCCUUGCUCAUUCUGUCAUUUUCUUGUGAUUUUUUUGUUGUAUACCAUUGAAAACUCUUUGUAACUUACCUGUUAUAUUUUAUUCAUUUUUACCUGCUCCUUAUUGGUUUUUUAAAAUGUAUUUAACAAUAGAGGUUAAUCCUUUGUUUAUUGGAGUUCAUUGAAAAUUAAAACAACUUUCUGUGAUGAAUUGUAGCCUUCUGUAGUAUUCUGCACUGCCUGCUAAAAGCAUUAGUGUAAAGAAAAGUAGUGCUCGGUAUAACAAGGGCCCUAAUAUUCUGUAUUACUGCAAUUAAAUUAUUUGUGAGUUAUCGCACUUAGAAUGGCCUAGAUUAAGUGAGAUUAAUUUUGAGCUGAGCUCCAAAACUGUUCUUCCAUCUGUGUACCAAGCUCCAAAACAUUCUCCUGCUUUGGACUGUGUCAAUUUUGAACAUAUUUCAUGACUUUCCUUCACCACUUGACUCUGAAAUGCAGCCCUGAGUUGCAAGUGCAUUUACUUGUCAAACCAAAGAGUUAUGCAGAGUAAAAGUGAGUGGCAUGUCUAUUUUACCCUAAUUGCUUCUGUUUUAAGUAAAUUUGUACAUACAUCUUUGUGUACCAGAUCUAUACCAGUGAAUCCAUCCAUUGGCAGACUAAGGUCUGUUUAUUGUUGUUUUGAAUGUUUUAAUUCAUGUUGUGCACAAACGAAAAACUGCAGAAAAUAAAAGAAACAUAAGAUAUCAA